CAUCCUCCACCUCCCACUCCUCCCACUUCUCCUCCUCCCUUCCCUUUCCCAAACAACUAGCCGUUAUACUCAACCCUAACCCUACUCUUUCCCCUCCACCACUCCUCCCCCCACGUUUCCCACAUCUCCCACCUCUCUCUCUCUCUCUCUCUCUCUCUCUCUCUCUCUCUCAGCUCGAGAGCUCUUUAAAACCCUAGUCUCUCUCUCUGUCUCUCUCUCUCUCUCUCUUGCUCCCCCCAUCAAGAACGGCGAUUGAUCUGUUUGAUUCCUUCUCUGCUUGUGAUCUUUGUGUUCGAAGAUGUUUACGGAAGGAUUAGAUGAGAAGGCGAUCAAUUGGGUCAAACAGGGUUCGGAUAUCGAAUCACAGCCUCGUUCUCCCCUGAUCGAGAAAUAUCCUCUCGACGCAACCUCGAACCACUCCUUAUUGUACAAACCAAAUUCAUUCCUCUCACCAAAAGUUCUUCCACCUGUGAAAUUCCAUUCGAAUUUGCUCGCCCCACGUUCAAACAUUCUUAUCGAUUCAGAGGGAGAAGAGAGCGUAGCUUCUGUCCCAGAAGACUACUAUGCGAAUUAUUCUGAUAAUACAUUUGAGGAGGAAGGGUUAGACUCUAGUGAAAAUUCUGAUCUUUUUGAGAAGGGGAAGAAUAAGAGUAGCGAGGAAGAUGUUGUAUCUUAUACGAGUUUGAGCCAUGAUUCGGUUCGACAACCGGAGGAGACACAAAGAAAUGGGUUGGUUCGUGGCGCCUCAAAGGAAAAUCUCAGGGUUGAAGUCGUUGGAAAUUCACAUGCUGAUCUGUUUAAUGAGUAUAUUUCUCGGAAUGCUCAUGACUUGGGAACACCAAGUGCACCUCCUAUCAUGGGAAGUGGAAGAACGGAAAUUAGCAUGGAUGUCGAGUCUGAAACAAAAGUUGAAUUCGAAAAAACUGAGGCCACAUUGGAAUUUCAAAUGCAAUCUCAAGAGCUUGAUGAGAUUCAUCUGAGAAGUGGAGUUAAAUCCAUUGCUGAAGAUGCAGAUUUAUCAACUAAGAUACCAAGCUUCACAACCAGUGUUCAGAAUGCAUGGCAAACAUUUAUUGCAUAUGAUGCAUGUUUUCGUCUUUGCCUUAACGCUUGGGCAAGAAACUGCAUGGAGGCUCCAGAAUUCCUUCGUGAUGAAUGCAUGGUUCUUCGUAGUGCCUUCGGAAUUCAAAAGUUUCUACUGCAGUCUAGAGGUCAUACUCAAUCAGAUGGAAAGAAUGCCUAUGACAAAGAAGGGGCUUGCACUACAAAGGGUAGAAAAGUUGUUAAACAGAUUGAGAUUGAAGUGAAAAAAAUACGCAUCAUACCUCAAAAGCCGAAACUUCGGACCACUUCAUCUUUUAUCAGAUCAGAUUAUAUCCAAGUGGGUUCUGAAUAUGUCAAACAUGUAUCGAAAGUGUUAAAGAAUCACCUCAACAUGCUGACAUCACCUUCUUCUGUUCGAGUUUCUUCAGAAGAAGCUCUCACGUGCUUUUUGGAAUUGAAAAGCUCCUCAUGCAAAGAUGCACCUGACUCUAGUUCCCCUGUGUACUUGAAACCAGGAACUGGUGAUUCUCAUUUUUUUUACAUUGAGAGUCAAGCAGAUGCAAUUUUGGUGGAAGUUCAAGAUAGCAAUAGGGCCAUUCUCGGUCGCGCCACAAUUCAAGUUUCAUCCUUUGGUGAUUGUCAUGGGCAAAUUAUAAGGUGGUUUCCUAUAUACCCUGACAACAAUGGGUGCAUUGGGAAGCUUCAGCUCUCCAUCAGCAUAUCUAUCUCUCCAGACAAUUCAGGCUCUACUGAGAUGUUGCAGGGUGGUCCAGCUGUGGAAACACUCAUAUAUGAUCUGGUUCUUGAGGCUGCGAUGAGAGCCCAGAACUUUAACUCAAAAAAGUUGCACAUUGUUGGCAUAUGGAAUUGGCUUUUGAACGAAUUUGCUGAUUAUUAUGGAGUAUCCGAUGCAUAUAGAAAAUUGAGGUACCUUUCAAAUAUUAUGAAUGUCGCAACACCCACAAAGGAUUGUCUACAGCUUAUAUAUGAUUUGUUAUUGCCCAUUACAAAAGCAAGGGGUGAUAAAAGUCUAACUAGGCAAGAGAGAAGCAUACUGCUAGAUUGUGAAGAACAAAUAAAGAAACUACUAGCAACUACUUUUGAGAACUACAAGUCGCUAGAUGAGCUUUCUCCAACUGGUCUAACCAAUUUAUUUGGCCCAAUUCCUGAAUCAGCCGCACCGGCUUUAUCUCCAGCUGUACAAAUAUUUAACCUUCUAUAUGAUAUACUCUCCCUCGAACACCAAAAAAUACUAAGAAAUUAUUUGCAGAAUGCUGCAGCAAAGAGGUGCAGGCGGCACAUGAUCGAGACCGACGAAUUCAUGUUGAGCAAUGCAGAUGGCCUUUUUACAGACCCGAUGACAAUAUCUGCAGCAUAUCUCAAAAUGAAGACAUUAUGUAGAAACAUAAGCAAUGAGAUUCAGGCAGAUAUUAAGAUUCAUAAUCAGCAUAUACUUCCAAGCUCUAUAGAUUUGCCAAAUAUAUCAGCUUCCCUUUAUAGCACUGAACUCUGCAAAAGGCUUCGAGGCUUUCUUUCAGCUUGCCCCCCUUCAAGACCCCUACCAUAUGUGGCAGAACUGCUUAUUGCAACCGCAGAUUUUGAAAGAAACCUUGAUUCAUGGAAUAUAAGGCCUGUUCAUGGAGGGGUAGUUUCAAGGGAAUUGUUCCAUAAUUACAUCAUGGUUUGGGUUCAAGAUACCAGGCUGCAUUUGCUUGAUCUUUGCAAGGCUGAGAAGCUUCAGUGCUCGGAAGUAUCCACACGUUGUUCAACGUCACCAUUUGUCGAGCGUAUGUAUGAUGAAAUAAAAGAAAGCAUAAAUGAGUACGAGGUGGUCAUCAAUAGAUGGCCUUCAUAUUUGUUGAGCUUGGAAAGUGCUGUUGCUGAUGUUGAAAGGGCACUAGUAAAGACACUAGAGAAGCAAUACAGCGAAAGUUUACUGCCUUUGAGGGAUGGAAUUCCAAAAAUGCUUGAAAAACAGGUCCAAAAAUUCACUAGAAGGCAAUCUACGUUGACCUACGCUGUGCCGAAUCAAUUGGGAACUUUCCUAAACUCUGUGAAAAGGAUACUUGAUGUGUUACACAUACGAAUUGAGGAUAUCUUGAAGUCAUGGGCCGCAUACUUGACGAUCGCCGAUGGAAAUGCAGUUUUUGGUGAGCAAACGAACGCGAUUACAGUAAUGUUGAGGAAGAAGUACAAGAAGUACAUGCAAGCUAUAGUGGAGAAACUCAUCAGCAAUACGCAGUCUAACCGGAGUACAAGACUUAAGAGAAUUCUCGAAGAAACAAAAGAGGCCGAGGGCGAAAGUGAGAUUCGUGAAAGAAUGCAAGCACUUUGCAUGCAGCUCACAGAUUCCAUUCGAAACUUGCAUGAUGUCUUUUCGAGCAGAAUAUUUGUUGCAAUUUGCCGCGGUUUCUGGGACAGAAUGGGGCUGAUUGUACUGAGCUUCCUUGAGAGCAGAAAAGAGAACAGAAUAUGGUAUCGAGGAUCUGGCUAUGCUUUAGGGAUCCUAGAUGAUGUUUUUGCAUCAGAAAUGCAGAAACUGCUUGGAAACUCUCUCCAAGACAGGGAUUUGGACCCGCCUCAGUCGGUGAUCGAUGCGCGAUCUAUUCUCUGCUAAAAGGGCAAAUGGGGAAAUUCACUACUACUUUUUGUUGUUUGGUUUAUUUUCUUCAUUCAUUGAAGCCUAUACGUACGUGUUUGGCAGCUCAAAUUGGAUUGAAGAUCCUAGGCUCUGGUGUGCUGCAUUUCUUGUUGCAGGUGUGUAUAAUUUUGUAUCAUUACUUGUCCCUUUUCUUGUAGUAUAUAUUAUUACAAUUUGUAGCUAGAACAAGAAAGUAAAAUUUUUUCUUUUCUUUUUUUUUUUUUUUUUUUUUUUUUUGUUCUGGAGAAUAGAAAAUAUGAAGAUAAUGUUUAGUCGCA